UGUAUAAUGUGAGAUAAGAGUGAUGUUAGAGGACCUAUUUGCAAAAAGCCCGUAAAACUUUUCCUAAUUAGGGCAUUUUGUUACACUUCACCGAGAGGUUGAAGCUCCAAAGUUCUCAGUGGCAAUGGCGGAAUCGAUUUGCAGAGCACUACGAGACGGUGCGUUAGAGGGAGAGCACGCAGCAGCUCUCACGAUAAAGGACUCCAUAGCUUCACCAUUUGGAUUCGAUGUGUUUGCUCAUGUCUUCUCCAAGCUCUCUUCCUACAUUUUGGCUUCAAAGUACCAGUCAAGAGGUCUCGUGCUCGUCGCUUUUUCACGAAGUCCGUCGUUUUAUGUGGAUUUGUUGAAGAGGAGAGGAGUAGAUGUUGCUUCUUCUCAUAACUGGAUUCAGAUUUUGGAUUGUUACACAGACCCUCUUGGCUGGAAAGAUGGGGUUGGGGAGUGUGGAAGUGGUACAAAAUCCUUAAACGAAGCUUCUCAAAUAGCUAGUUUUUGUAAGAAUGUGAAGGAUGUGGAGACGUUUUUCUCUAUGGUUGUUGAACUUGGUACAGGAUUGGUUGGACGGGGCAAAGUUCGAUUUUGUGUUGCAAUAGACUCGGUAAGUGAAAUGUUAAGACAUGCUUCAAUAUCAUCAGUUGCUGGCUUGUUAAGCAAACUUCGUAGCCAUGAUCAAGUUUCAAGUAUCUUUUGGUUGUUACAUUCGGAUCUUCAUGAAGACAGGGUCACUGCUGUUUUGGAGUACAUGUCCUCUAUGGUGGCAAGCAUAGAACCAUUGAAUCAAUAUGCAAAUGGACAGAGGGGUAAUUGGAAUAAUCUCUCUUUACUUGAACAGAAUUGUACAAGAGGGAAGUUCCAUAUUCGAUUCAAACGUAGAAAUGGACGUGUUAGAGUGGCGUGUGAAGAAUUUUGUAUCGAGCAGUCUGGAAUUAUCUUUACAUCAAUUUCAUCUGAAGAUGAAAAAAUCAAUCAAAGUCUUUUGCCGAAGUUGCAGUUCAAUCUACAGCUGUCAGAAAAGGAACGAAUUGAUAGGGCUAAGGUUGUACUACCCUUUGAACACCAAGGAAAUGGUAAACCCAUACAAAUUUAUGACGGGCGAAGAUCUCAAGAGGACAGUGUAACUGAGGCAGUGCCUAUUUCAACAUCUAAAUCACAAACAAAUGAGGAAACUGGCAAGGGCGAGAUAAUAUAUUUUCGUGAUUCAGAAGAUGAGAUGCCAGAUUCUGAUGAGGAUCCGGAUGAUGAUUUAGAUAUAUAAUUCUUUUUGUUCCCAUUCACACCAGUUGAAGUUGGAUUUGAUCAAUAUGGGGAAGGUGGGCUUCUUUAUAAAUUUAAUCGAGAGAAUUCUCAAUUGGAGGAUGAUAGUGAGAAGAAAUUUUGGAAGUUGAUGGAGAAAAGUAUUUGUUUGAAAGCACGAAGGCUUUUGUAUAUAACUCUAUAUGUGCGUCUUUAGAAUGUGACGUGUCAAACUAGGCGCUUCCAAAAUUUUUGUUUGGUCUUGCUCUUUCUGGUAGAUUUGGUUGGUUUAAAAAAUGGAGGAAAUUGUUUCUUAUGAUUAAAAUUAUAUAAAACUAUUGGUUUUAUAUAAAACUGGUUAGAGAGACAAUGCAAGGAUACCAAACAAAGAUGCAUUUUUUUUU